CAAAAUGAAUGAGGAGAGGCAAAUCUCCAUUAACGAAAUAUGUCGAACUUGUUUAUCAAAAUUGCAACACGUUGCAGUCUACGAUCUGUUUGUGGUUCCGGGUCUGGCCAAGAAGCUAUGUGUGUGCACUUCCCUAUCGGUGGAGCAACAUGAUGGGUUCCCAAAAAGCCUUUGCUCCAAUUGCUACACCCGUCUAAACGAUUUACAUGAUUUUCAGAAGCAAUGCGUGGACUCUCUUGAUAAGUUGAGGGGCAUGUUGGCCAACAACUACUUUACAAUCCACACCAACCAGGCUAACAGUUUUGACGUGCUGCGUGUUGCACCACAGGAUGUUGAUGUGGCUAUCGAAGAAGAAGACCGCAUUAACUUUGACCCGCUCCUUAAUACAAAAAUUGAGAUAAUUGAGAAUGAGGAGGAUGUUUUUAAAAUGCUAGAAGAUGUCGACAAAGAAGCGGAAGCGGAAGAGACGGAUAAGGAGUCCUGUGAAAGCGAAUACGAGAAAAAUGAUAACGAUGUGGACUUUCAGGCGAAUAGUAGCGAUUCCGACGAUGCCAGGCCCCUGUCUCAACUACGAACUGCUGCUGCGGUAUUAAAAACAAAUUUAAAGGGCAGAAGUAUGGCUGAUGAUGAAGGGAAUUCCUCUAGCUCGGAAUCGGACGUGGAUAACGCAACUAUAUCUAAAGGGAAAACGAAGCGCAAGCGAAUUUCUGAGACUGAGCGACCUAUGCAGCGUCUAAUUGAUUGUCACAUUUGCCAUCAAAAAUUCAAGAAGGCGAUUCGCUACGAGGAACACAUGAAACAUCACAACGAUCUUUUACCAUUCCAGUGUACUGUGGAAACCUGCAAAAAGGGUUUUACGACUGCCGCAGGUCUGCGACAUCAUGUGGAUCACGCUCACUCGGAACUCUGCGAACUCUACGCCUGCACUGUAGAGGGAUGCGGCAAGUCAUUUCCUCGCACUCGUAUGCUCACGCAUCACCAGAAAAAGGUUCACAACAUUAUCAAGCCUGAGAUCCGUGACCAUCCCUGCACGGAAUGUGAUAAAGUCUUCCGAUGUCCGACGGCGCUUAAAAAACAUAUGUAUAAGCAUACUGGCGAGGAGCUGCCGAUUUCCUGCAACAUCUGCAACAAACGCUUUCACAUAAACAGUGAACUUAGGGACCAUCUAUUGCGCCAUGCCGGGGUGAAAAAUCAUGUUUGUCCUUAUUGUGGCGUGGGCAAAACAACUCGACAGGAGUGGAAUAAACACAUAUUGACGCACACCAAGGAAAAACAGUUCCAAUGCCGACAGUGCGAUCAUUCUUCACACAACAAGCAGGCUUUAGCCAACCAUGUCAAUGUGGUUCACAUGAAGAUUAAGAACUUUGCCUGUCAGUACUGCGGCAAAACGUUUGGAAAAUCGCACGCAUGCAAGAUUCACGAGAGACUUCACACUGGCGAGAAUUGUUGCGAGUGCAAGAUCUGUGGCAAGAUCUUCCUUUUCGAGAAGCGAUUGACCAAGCAUUUAAAAAUUCAUGAGAAGCGCGAAUUACCAGCGACUGAUGCAAAUGCACAAGUAGACGAAACAGGUCUGACUUCUUCGAAUGUUAACCAGGAGUCCACAACACCGGUAGACGUAAAACCCGGGCCAGCAUCGUUCGCUAAACCGAAGAAGUCGCAUAGAGUUGAGCGUGUUGAUAUAUCUCAGCUGGCCGGAACCUCUGUUAAUCCAAUUUCAUCAGUUUCUGUGCCUUCCUGGUCGCCACAAGUGAACUUCACUAAGAAAGAAGGCCAGCACAUUUGUCCAGGCUGUGGGCGUGGCUUUAACCACAUUGGCAAUAUGAAGCUACACUACAAGGUGAUACACGAAAAGAUCAAAGAUUUCGCGUGUCGCUUCUGCCCCAAGCGCUUUGGCAAGGCCCAAUAUCUGCGUCAUCAUGAAUAUACGCAUACAGGCGAGAGGCCUUAUGGCUGCAAGAUAUGCGAUAAACACUUUAGCCAUGGCUCAUCGCUGCGAAAGCAUAUGAUUUCGCACAACAGACCACCGAAAAUUCAAAAAUCUCCAAAAACCACACCUCAGAAAAAAGAGCAUCAGAGGCCAAAAAUCGAACUUAACAAACGUCCCGCAAAGAAUUAUGAACAAUACCAAGAUCCAGCUGCGGAACGGGCUGCAGCUACUGCUGAACUGCUUGCUCAGCAACUCGAGGAGAGUGAGGCCAAACGAAGAGCGGAAGCUAAAACUCGUAGCAUUCAAGAAGCUGCAUGCGAGCAGCUGCAGAAGCUGCAAAGGGAGCAGCUGAUCGAAAAGAUAUCCCUUGAUAGCUUUCAAGUGGAAAGGUCGGAGGCUGGUAUAGGCGUGGAUGCUCUCAAGAUAGAUCAUGUUUAAACUCUCAAGAUGCUAUUUUUUGCAAUAUUAGUUUGUAAGAUAUUGAUCUUAAUUUAUUAAUAAUUCUUAAUAUUCGCAUGCUAAGUUACUGCAAGUUUCGAAAAUGCUUUAAAUUGUUUUCAGCUUAAAACAUGAAAU